GAAAAUAUAUAUACAUUGUGACCAACCAUUCCAUAUGGUCCCUGGACCGUGCUCUGGUGACAUCUUGUGAUAUUAGGACAAGUUUUUUCAACAAAGAUGCGCAAGGCGGGAGAAAUUUCAGCUUUGAAAAAAUCAUAUUUGGAUAAAAAGAAGCAGCAAAGUUCCGGAAAAACAGUUCCAAAUUCUUCUUAUUAUCGACUCUAUGAGCGAACAACAACAAAACCGAAAGAACUUUCUAAAAUUACUAGAAACAAAGUGAAUAACGGACUUAAUGAUUUGCCAAAUGAAUUAUUAUUCAAAGUGUUUAAAUAUCUAGACGUGAAGUCACUUUUGUCUUGCGCUUCUGUUUGUAAAAGGUGGCAAGAAAUCGCAGAUGAUGAUUCGUUUUGGAAAGUAUUCUAUACUAAAUACGUUUUCAUGAAUGCUAAAAAAUUUGCUGAAAACGUAGUUAAAGAACCUGCUAGUCCGUUGGAAGCAGAAAAAAAGUAUUGGAAGAAGCGAUUUUUUACAAAGUCUAAACAAAUGAGGGAUAAAUCGUUUUUGGGAUUAUCUAAAAUUAAUCCUUAUACUGGUGUUACGGAUAAAAUACAAAAGCAUUUUGAAAAACUUGGUGCAAAAUUCCAGCUUUGUUUUUCUACCAAGGGGGGUCAAACCUUUAACUUCAUUGAGAAGAAAAGACAAAUUUAUCUCACAUCUACUAUGCUACAAUGGCACAGUUUAAAGACUUGGCCGGAUUUGAAAAAAAUUAUAAAAGUACAAAUAUUCUCCUUGACACCUUUCGUGCACGGUGAAGGAAAAAAUCUUAUUAAAAAUGGACCGAGGCAGAAAAGUCUUGUUUUUGAAGAGAAAUUGGAUGACAAAUUAUUUGAUGCUAAAAAUAAAUUUGUUGCAAAUGACCAAAUUGAUGUGUACACCACAAAUUCUGGGAUUUUGAUCUCUGUCUGGAAAGAUACAUUAGAUGUCGCGUUCAUUUGUGCCAGUUUACACCACGAUUUGCUUCUCAAAAAAUGUCUAAUGUCAACUUCAGACACUAUUUAUUUGGAGCGUCACACAGUUAAACCUGGCGUUUUGGAUAAGUCUUAUGGACUCCAUGGAUACUGGUUUCAUUUGCAGUUAACGUUAGGAGAAAAGGAUUACUGGGAUCUAAGAAUACACAGUGAUGAGUGUGAUAAUAAUACUGACAGUUCGAUGAUUUCUUUUACGAAAACAAAUAAUGUUUCUUCAGCUUUUGACGCAACAGGUUUAAGCUGGAAAACAGAUCUUUUUCAUGGAAAUUUAAAAAAUGUUUCUUUUUUAACAAUAACUGCAGUUGACAUUAAUUCUGAUGUUAUGUGGUCUUCUGCAUCCCCUGUAAAACAUGAAUUCUCAAGUAACGCAGUGGUUAACUUUGACCAAGAUUCUGAUAAAGGGUUAAGAAUGGUUUAUAAUGAUAACAUAGGUCAUAUUGAGUUAUUUUUUAUUGAUUCUGGGCGCGGUUAUUCUUUGGAACGUUUGACAGUUGCUCUGAAUUUGAAAAUUGUAAACUCAUGGUUUGGUAUGAGGCAUUGAUUGAACAAUGUAGAGUUUUAAAGAUUAUACAGGGCGUCCACAAAGUCCCAUUACAGAGUUCAAUAUAUCUUAACCAGGUUUGAUGUUUUUUAAUUAGUAAUCAUUUUUACUUCAUUUAAUACAUCUGUUAGGGCCAAAACAAUAUAAUAUUAUGGUAUAGAUAAAUUUCUUUUGCAAUUUUAAAAACUUUGGGCCAGAUUGGACACCCUAUAUAUAUCAGUGGAUGUAUGUUCAAUUCUCAACAUUUUUCGCUAAAUUUCUCUCUUCCUAUUUUAAAAUCCUGGUUUCUUCUACUUGAUUCAAGACCCCACGGGCCACAAUAUAUGAUUUCAGCGGCUUUUGAUUAGGACCACCAAUAGUUAAACGAUUAAGAUUCACAUAUUAACCUACAAGCAUAUAAUAAGUUUUGUUUUUCAAGUCUCUGAGGCCCACUUCAAAUAUACUGUUACACCAUUGGGACCGAAUCUUCAGGGAUUUUGAUUUACAACUGUCAUUUUUCAAACAUGAACCAAUUUAUGACAUGCACAAUCUACCACACGAAGUUAAAAAAACUCUGAUAUAUCUGAGGGUUAAAUGGCUUUCUAUUAUAAUUUUCAUUUCUUUCGUUAAGUCUGUAAGAAAUAUACCUGACUGUGACUAAAUCUUAAUUUAUUUACACCUAUAAACCAAUUGUAAAAUAGCAAUUCCACUGUCAAUAUUCAAAUACGGUUGUUAAAUAUAUCGUUUUUUAAUUUUGUAUUUACAUGCCUUGUUACCAUUUUUGCAUUCCAAUCUAUCUGAUUCUGUAUUAGACUAGUUUCAUAUAUUUGUUAUAAAGUAUAUUAACCGUAAUUGCUAUAUAUUAUAUUUUUCAUAUUUCUUCUGUAUUUUCUAUUUAAGA